AUGAUUGGUACUUUCACUGCAGAUUACUACAUCGUGAGGAAGCAAAAGUUGAAGCUCACCGACUUGUACUCUGCAGAUCCCAAUUCCAUCUACUGGUUCUGGUAUGGAUUCAACUGGAGGGCAUUUGUCUCAUGGAUCUGCGGAUUCGUGCCUGGUAUUAUUGGUUUCCCAAGCGUUAACCCUAACCUCACAAACGUUCCAAAGCCAGCUAUAAAGAUGUUUGAGAUUUCGUUCAUCAUUGGCUAUCCAAUCUCCUUCAUUAUUCACGUUCUCAUAAACAGAGUGUUCCCGCCUGUAGGCCUAGGGGAGAUUGAUGAGUACGACUUCUAUCACACAUUCACCAGAGAAGAGGCUCUCAAGCUCCACGUUGUACCUCACGACUCUGUAACCUCUGACGUAACAGAGGAUGACAAAAAGAGCUGUGGCGAUGUUCACGUUUCCAGAGUUGAUUCUUCAACCGCCAAAUCCAAAUACAAACUAUCAAAACUGUUUGUUUGA